GAAAUUAAGGAAGAAGAUUCCGAAGUUUCAAGCCAAGGAAAGGAUGACACAAUUCUCCAAGAAGUGUAAGUGCAGGGUAGACCUAGGAAAAGAUGCUAGCCCUUCCUGUAAUUAGAGAAAGUCAAAUUCAGCACCAGAGAGAUAUGGUCACUUCUGGUUUCUGGUGUUCUUACAGAGGAAAAGACGGACAGGGCGCAGUGAAAGUGGGGGAGGUAGAGGGCAGGCUGGCGCCUGCCGCACUGCUUAUGGGAGUGGAAAUUGGGGGCCAGAGCUGACCGGUGACGUGGAUGUCACGUGAUCAGGAGCCUCCUAGAGUAGAAGUCACGCUAGUCGCCUCUGUCUGGGUGCCAGCCCCCUAUUACUCUGCAGGCAAGUGAAGGAAGAAGAAAACUAGCUCGGAUCACAGAGGUCGGUGCGAGGAUCUGUAGAUCGCGGCGCAGAUCUGUAGAUCGCGGCACAGAUCUCGGCGAGAGAAGGAGCAAACUGCUUUGGUUGGAGCCGUGGAGGGACAUGUGAAGACGGUCCGUCUAUCACUGUAGAAGGAACAGUGACGACAGAAACAAGGGAAGAAGAAGAAAUUCACCUGACUUUAUUAAAGAUUCAUUACAAGAACUACAGAAAUAUAGGAAAGGCAAAAGACUACUACUCUGCACCGUUCAUCCUGGCACUAAGAGACCUCUUCAAUCAGGUGGAACAAGGCACUCUCCCAACCUGCCCCAAGACUGGCAAAGAUUUAAGCAUGGGCCGGGCCCGGGAAGUGGGUUGGAUGGCAGCAGGACUGAUGAUUGGGGCUGGUGCCUGCUACUGUGUUUACAAACUGACCAUAGGAAAGGAUGACGGUGACAAGUCUGAGGAGGAAGGAGAUGAAUGGGGGGAUGACCAGGACCUAGAUGAGGAGGAGUCCAAAAUUUGGUUUGAUUUCACAACCAUGGUGCGACCCUGGAAUAAGGAUGAGGAUUGGACAAAACCUGGGGUCCCAGGUGGCAAUGAGGACAGGCCAUCAGGGGGAGGAAAGGCUAAGACAGCACACCCAAUAAAACAGCGGCCAUUCCCAUAUGAACAUAAAAAUACAUGGAGUGCUCAAAGCUUUAAAAAUAUCAGUUGUAUUCUUGAGUUCUCCAAGUGUCCUCCCAUUCAGGGAAAAUUGAUGUUUGCAGAGCCCAAGGAUGCUGUUUUCUCACUUAGCCACAAUGCCAAUAGACAUUUAGCCAGCCCAUCAAUCACUGGAGAUGCAAUCCUCACUCCCCACCCCACUGUCAGGGAGGAGGCUUUGUGUGCCCCAGAUAACUUGAAGGGGAGUAGUGAAAAUCAGGGCCAGAUUAAGAUGUACGCCGAUGAGGUGUGUCGGGAAACUGUGCCACAUUGCUGCAACUCAUUUCUGCAGCAGGCUGGAUUAAAUUUGUUAAUGAGCAUGACAGUUAUUAAUAACAUGCUUGCCAAAUCCGUUUCAGACUUGAAGUUUCCUUUGAUAUCCGAGGGAAGUGGAUGUGCUAAGGUUCAGGUUUUGGAACUGCUGAUGGUUUUGUCUGAAAAGCCAGUCUUGGCGGGGGAGUUGCUGGGUACCCAAAUGCUAUUCCCCUUUGUGAUAAACAAGUGGAAAUAGAGAUAUUCUCCUGGAAACGCUCGCCCCUUAAGUGGCCAUGUGGAGCAGAAUGGGACUGAAUCUCCCCCAAACACGGUUUGGUUUGCAGAUGUCAUAGAAUCUGCACUGGGUGCUACUGAGGAUUCGGGCUUGGCCAGUCAUCAGUCUCUGGGUGAAAGUUCCAGUCACUAAAUCAAGGACUACACUCUCAUUGGCCAGGCAGGGGCCCCCACAGAGCUCUGGGUAACGAAUUGGUUUUGCAGUCUGUAGGCAAAGUGCACUGUAAAUUACUCCCUUGCAGCCUUCCUCAGGCUGUAGAGGGAUCACUGUAGCCUGCCAGCUGUGGCUAAAGGACAUCAAAUUACAGCAUCACGAGUGCUAUUGUUGCCUCUGGUGGUCUCCCUGUCUAAGCAGGACCACUUCUGAGAGACCACAUCCAUACAGGAAGCUUGUGCUGAAAAUGCAUUUGCUGCUGCUUAGGUGGAAGUAAUUUUUCCUUUACUCUUUCUUCUAACACCAGCUGAUGGAUGGCAAAUGAAUCUGUUCAUCCAGAAAGUGCACUCCCCUUCUGUCCAUACUACUGACUUAACCUCAUCCCCAAAGUCUGCAUCUGUGUGUAUCGUCAAUAAACUUGUGUGCUUUGAUCGGCCAAACGAA